AUGGUCAUGACGGCCUCGGGACUCGCCUUAGCGCGCGUCUCCCUGGUAGGUGGAGAUGAAGUCUUGUAUGACACGUACGUGCUGCCGGAUGAGCCCAUCACGGACUACGUUACUCAGUACAGUGGAAUCACCAAGGUGAAGCUCAGCGAUGUCCAGAAGCGGUUGCAGGAGCUGCUAAGUCGGCAGUCGAUCCUGGUCGGUCACUCCUUGGAGAGUGAUCUAAAGGCACUGCAGCUGGUUCACGAGCGUGUCAUCGACACUGUCCUUCUGUAUCCUCACCCUCGCGGCUGGCCAUGUCGACAAAGCUUAGCAGGACUGAGCAACGCCAUUCUCAAAAGAAAGAUGCGUCGAGAAGAUGGUCACGACUCAAUUGAUGAUGCCAAGGCCCGACCUGCUGGGGAUCCUGGUGUGCAGAGACAUGCUUUGUGCGCAGACGGCCAGGUUUCUUUGGAGCUGGCGCGGCUGAAGUUCGCUCGCGGGCCCAGCGGCAAAUAUGAAAAUCACGUGCCGCUCACGGAAAGGCGGCUGGAUAGCCUCUCGAGGCAGAAGCGUCAGCGUAAGAGCGUGUGCGUGCGCGUGCGUCGCUUGGGCCGCCGUUUCUCCUUGCAGCAAGCACAGCACGCAUCUAUCAACCACGAGUGGGGCAAGGCAUCAACGGUGCGGUAUGUGAGAGGCUCUCAUUCCAGCAGCUGGUAUGAGGACGGCUCCAAACGCGUGCCGCUGAGCGAGCUGGGUGGCUUCGCUGUACUUCAAAGGUCGUUUGAGCGGUUCUGUGAGACAGCCCAUGCGCUGUCAGGCGGCUCGCUGGAGGAUGGUCUUCCAGAUCGCCUGACUCAGAUAGACAGGCAAGCUGCGCAGGCUGCCGAGGGUCUGAGCGAGAACGACCUUCUCAUCGUGAUGAACGGCUGCAACGAACUCAGUCUUUCGGCGUUGCUUUCAGAUGUUUUCAUGUUUACUGCAGAGUCUGCAGAGCGACCUGAAGGUGGAAACUAUCAGUUGCUACACAAGCUCCUGGACGCCAAAGGUGAGUCAGCGGAGGAGAAGCGCAAAGUUGUGCCCCGGAGUCAAGCAAAUCACCAGCACUGGUACCAGUAG